AUGUCAGAAUUAUUCAACCGAGUUACGGGCACAAUAAAGUUGUGGGGCAAUCGCAUUGGCUUGAAUAAAGCAUGGCAAGGCCCCAGCCCAUAUGUAAUGCUGUUCAGUCCAGAAACGGUGGAGCCAAUCUUGAAUAGCCAAAAGUUCAUAGAUAAAAGUCAUGAUUACGAUUAUUUGCGCCCAUGGCUAGGCACCGGAUUGCUAACCAGUUUUGGCCGGAAAUGGCAUUCGAGAAGAAAGAUUUUGACUCCUGCCUUCCAUUUCAAAAUCUUGGAUGAUUUUAUUGAUGUGUUCAAUGAGGAGAGCGCUAUAUUGGCACGCAAACUGGAGCGCGAAGUGGGCGCUGAGGUCUUCAACAUUUUUCCAUAUGUGACACUUUGUACGCUGGACAUUGUGUGUGAAACGGCUAUGGGUCGCAGCAUACAUGCGCAAGACAACAGUGAUUCUGAGUAUGUGAAAGCCGUGUAUGGCAUUGGUUCCAUUGUACAAAGUCGUCAAUCAAAAUUGUGGCUACAAUUCGACUCCAUUUUCCGUUUCACCGAGGACUACAAACGCCACGACAGCUAUAUUAAGACAUUGCAUGGUUUCUCGAAUCGUGUGAUACGCGAACGCAAAGCUGAACUAGCAGAGAAUAUACUCAACAAUAAUGUCGCCAACUCAUCCGACGCUUAUGAUGAUUUAGGCAAGAAGAAGCGUCUCGCUUUCUUAGAUCUACUUAUCAAUGCUUCGAAAGAUGGUACUGUACUGUCGAAUGAGGAUAUACGUGAAGAAGUCGACACAUUCAUGUUCGAAGGACACGACACCACCUCGGCGGCUAUAUCAUGGACACUAUUCCUGCUCGGCUCUUAUCCUGAAUAUCAGGAACGUGUGGUGGAAGAGCUGCAUUCCAUUUUCGGCGAUGAUAAAGAGACACCAGCUACCAUGCAGAAUCUAAUGGAUAUGCGUUAUUUGGAGUGCUGUAUCAAAGAUGCGCUACGCUUGUUCCCCAGUGUGCCAAUGAUGGCGCGCUCCAUUGGCGAAGAUGUGAAAAUCGGUAACUACUUGGUUCCCGCUGGCACUACGGCAAUCAUUGUGACCUACAUGCUGCAUCGCAAUCCCAAAGUAUUUCCCAAGCCAGAACAAUUCAAUCCAGAUAAUUUUCUGCCUGAGAAUUGUGCUGGCCGCCAUCCCUUCGCCUAUAUACCUUUCAGCGCUGGUCCGCGUAAUUGUAUAGGUCAGAAAUUCGCCAUACUCGAAGAGAAAGCGGUAUUGUCAACGAUAUUGAGGAAAUAUAAAAUCGAAUCCAUCGAUCGCCGCGAAGAUCUCACUCUGUUGGGUGAGCUGAUUUUGAGACCCAAGGAUGGCCUACGCGUGAAAAUAACGAAACGUCCAUGAAAAGAAAAAGCAGAGCACGCCAAUUUUGCGUAUACAAAAGCAUAGCAUUAAAUACUAUUUAAGUAUUGUUUUAUGUAAUUGUAAGUAGUUUUAGGAAUUACCUUAAGCCCCGAUGAAUUUAUUUUAAAUUCUCAAGCGCAAAAAUUGCCUCCCGAGCAACGGGAUUUUAGUUUAACUUAAGUAUGAAUGAAAGGUAGGAAGGAGUCGAUCCGGCUACAUUUUGUGUAGUAAAAAGCUUUCGGAAAAUUUUUAAAAUUGUAAUACAUAUAUGUAGCGUGUAAGCCCUUUGUACCAAAUAUAAAGUUGUAUGAUUUAAAGAGUAAAAUCCAUUGAUGUAAAUAAAGAUUUAGGAACUAAGAUAUUUAAUUUUCAAUCAUAU